AUGGCGGUCAAAGCUGCAGUGCCGUUCUUGGUGGCUAUGAUGCUGUUGACGGGUGUGUGUAACACACUGCUAACCAAGUACCAAGACAUGCAAUGCGUCAACAACUGCGACUCCCCUUCGCCGAAACAUCGCGACCAUUUCGAACAACCUGUCCUGCAGACCCUUCAGAUGUUCAUGGGUGAAAUGGGUUGCUGGCUGGUGAUUGGUGUCUUCCAACUCUACCAGCGGUAUGCCAGCGCAAAGGCUGGCUACGAGGCCAUUCCAGAUAAUGAAGGGUCAGAUGACAGUGAAACGGGUGCUGUCGCCAACCCGUUGAGGCCUGCACAUCCCGAUGAUGAGGGCAGAAUACCGCUCGAGGGACGCAGCAUCUUCUUGUUGGCGCUUCCGGCCUGCUGCGAUAUUGCCGGAACCACGCUCAUGAACGUUGGCCUGCUGUUUGUCGCUGCUAGUAUCUAUCAGAUGACCAGAGGCGCAUUGGUCCUUUUUGUCGGUUUGUUCAGCGUGUGGUUCCUCAAGCGCCAUCUUGGCCUCUACAAAUGGUUCUCGCUCUUUGUUGUCGUAGCUGGUGUCGCUGUUGUCGGACUCGCAGGUGCUAUCACCAAAGAUGACAAAGCAUCGCCCGGUCAUCAAUCGAUUCAUGAUGAGGCAACCGGCUCGGUUGGUGUCGACGCGGUGGCUUCGCAGGCCGCCAUGACCAUUAUCGGUGUCCUGCUUAUUGCCGGUGCGCAAAUCUUCACUGCGACACAGUUCGUGCUUGAAGAGAGGAUCAUGGAGAAGUAUGCUAUGGAGCCAAUCAAGGUUGUAGGCUGGGAGGGUAUUUUUGGCUUCUUGGUUACGCUCAUUGGCAUGAUCAUCCUACAUUUCGCCAUCGGAACUGGAUACUUCAACGCCAGAGAGGGACUGUACCAGAUGACGCACUACCGUGCCAUCGCAGUGUCCUCGCUGUUGAUCAUGGUCAGCAUUGGUGGCUUCAACUUCUUCGGUCUAUCCGUAACUCGGACCGUCUCCGCUACUUCGCGCUCCACGAUUGAUACUUGCCGCACACUCUUUAUCUGGAUCGUGUCGCUUGGCCUUGGCUGGGAGACGUUCAAGUGGCUUCAGGUUGCGGGUUUCGCUCUGCUAGUAUACGCCCUUCCACAGUUCGACAAAAUGGCCACCACUCAAACCGCAAUCUCCAAGAGGAGAAAGUUCGUUGCUGACGGUGUCUUCUACGCCGAGCUGAACGAGUUCUUCCAGCGCGAGCUGGCCGAGGAGGGCUACUCCGGCGUCGAGGUCCGCGUCACCCCCACUGUCACCGACAUCAUCAUCCGCGCCACACACACCCAGGAGGUUCUUGGAGAGCAGGGUCGCCGCAUCCGUGAGCUCACCUCGCUCAUCCAGAAGCGAUUCAAGUUCCCCGAGAACUCCGUCUCCCUCUACGCCGCCAAGGUCCAGAACCGUGGUCUCUCCGCCGUCGCCCAGUGCGAGUCCCUCCGAUACAAGCUUCUCAAUGGUCUGGCCGUCCGAAGGGCUUGCUACGGUGUCCUGAGGUUCAUCAUGGAGUCUGGUGCUAAGGGUUGCGAGGUCGUUGUUUCCGGAAAGCUCAGGGCCGCCCGUGCCAAGAGCAUGAAGUUCACUGACGGUUUCAUGAUCCACUCCGGUCAGCCCGCUAAGGACUUCAUUGACCACGCUACCCGCCACGUCCUGCUCCGCCAGGGUGUCCUCGGUAUCAAGGUUAAGAUCAUGCGCGGCUCCGACCCCGAGGGCAAGGCCGGCCCAUCCAAGACUCUUCCCGACUCCGUCACCAUCAUCGAGCCCAAGGAGGAGCAGCCUGUUGUCCAGCCCAUGUCGCAAGACUACGGCGCCAAGGCCAUCGCUGCUCAGCAAGCCGCAGAGCAGGCCAGGCAGGCCGAGCAGGGCGAGGGCGAGGCCCAGCCAGCUGGUGGUGAGGGUUACUCUGAGGAGCAGUAG